CACUAUAAGUUAAACUGAAUCGUGAGAAAUUCAAUUCAGGACAAUAAUGAGCACAAAACAUUCCGAAACCGGUUAUCAUUUUCGCCAUCAGUCGAAGGUGCUCAAGUUCAUAAUAAAUCUCAUCGAUGGAAUUCAGAAAUUGACAUUCAGAAGUUUUCCGUAUUUUGAUUCCGUUGUUAUUCCUAUCAAUUCCGUGCCGUGUUCACAAAAAGAAAAUGGAUCUGAGAAGCCUUUCCUCAGAAUUGAACAGAGCUGAUAAAUUGUUCAAAUUAUACAUGUUAUGUUCUUCGAUCCUUAUUUUUAAAAUAAUGGCAUUGAUUGUUUUUACAAUUCUCACGAGAAUGAGGCACAAAGUGUUCAUAAGUGAAGAAGACGCCAAAUUCUUCAAGGGCGAAGUGAAACUCAACAACGACGUAGAACGUAUAAGAAGAGCUGUCCAGAACGACUUGGAAAACAUCUUGCCAUUCUUGUUCAUCGCCUAUCUUUUUUUAUACACAAACCCUUCAUCAUGGCUAGCGUACAUUUUAUUCAUUGCUUUUGUUAUCGUUAGAAUAUUGCACAGUAUCGUAUACGCAAUAUUCGUUUGUCCCCAGCCAACUAGAGCAAUUUUAUGGGGUAUUGGAUUUGGCAUUACCGCUCUCAUGGCUCUACUGAUAUUUUUGGACUCUUUACAAGGAUUGUUAACAUGACGAAAUUCUGACAAUUUUGAAUUUUAAACAAAGUACUAUUUUGAGCACCUAUAACCACGACACUGCGUACAACCAUAAUCUGCAAAAAUUUGUAUGACGAAUAUAUUGCAUCAAACAUUGUACCUGUAACGAUCUAUUGUUAAUUAAAUGAAAUUAUAAUCACGUUA